UCCCCCUUUUACUAGGAUAUUUAAACCUGUCCGUCCACAUCCACGUCAUUCUCGUCCUGCUGUCUCGACUACAAACAAAAGCUGUGUGUUUCGUAAGACCCACACAUCUGGAAACAUCUAGAGCUCCGCUUGAAGAUUGGUGGGUGUUGUUAACCAGCCCUUUUUGCCUUCAUCCGCCAAUCAGUAGAUCGCGAGAGCGAGCGGGUUGUUGUUGGCACGAGUUCGGCACGCGAAAGGACAAUAUUUAAUUCUGUUCUAAAACGAGUCUUAAGGCACGCAGGUUUUAAUCCUAUAUACUUAAUUUUUUGUCAUUAAAGUAAACGGCAAACAUCAUGGUGACUCUGACCGCGGUCGUCGCUCCUCUCGGUCGACAGAUCCACAGGCAUCUGCUGAAGCAUGUCAGGAGCCAGCGCUGGAUACCGUCUCGGGCAUGCAACUUAUCUGCAUGCUCCAGCAAAUUAGUUUUCAGUCAAGUGCAUCCGAUGUGGCAGGAGCCGCUCGCCAUUCCCGGUGGAGAUCGCCAGUCGCCCAUUGACAUUGUGGUGCGCAAAAGCGUCUUUGAUCCACAGCUCAGACCUCUGAAGGUACAAUAUGACCCAAGGACCUGCCAGCAGAUCUGGAAUAAUGGCUACUCUUUUCUGGUUGAGUACGACGACACAACUGACAAAUCCACUCUGAAAGGAGGACCUCUGGAGGAUCAGUUCAGACUGUGUCAGUUUCAUUUUCACUGGGGGGAGAACAACGCCUGGGGAUCUGAACACUCCAUAGACCGCCGCCUUUACCCUGCGGAGCUUCAUCUGGUACACUGGAACUCGGACAAGUACAGUUUGUUUGAGGAGGCUGUUAUUGAGGAGAAUGGACUAGCUGUUAUUGCGGUCUUUCUGAAGAUUGGAAAGAGACACGAAGGUUUACAGAAACUGGUGGAUGCCUUGCCUGCAGUCAGGCACAAGGAUAGUUUGGUAGAGUUCACCAAGUUCGACCCUGCAUGUCUCCUCCCGGAGAACAUCGAUGACUAUUGGACAUAUGCAGGUUCUCUGACCACUCCUCCUCUAACUGAGGCUGUGACAUGGAUUGUGAUGAAACGGCACAUUGAAGUCAGUCAUGAUCAGUUGGCAGUGUUUCGAAGCUUGCUGUUCACAUCGGCAGAAGAGCAGGUGCAGAGAAGCAUGGUCAACAACUUCCGCGUUCAGCAGGCUGUGAAGGGACGGACUGUCCGUUCUUCUUUCACCCCCUUCCUCCAAGAUGCUCCUUCUAUGAAGUAGCAACAAAACUCAGUGAUCUAAUUCACAUCUUAACCUCCAAAACAAGCACAGACUCUUCAGUAACUCUUUAUUGUGGACUUCUGAUAUCCAUAAUGUCUUAACUAGAUUUAAAAAUCACUAUUUCCAAACAGGCAUUUAGGUAUUGACUGAAAGAUUCCAUUGAAAGGGAUUAGCAAAAAUGUAGUUGAGUAAUUAAAGGGCCUGUUUAUUGCUCAGACAAAAGGUUCAUGCAGUAAAUCAACAUUUCGCUGUAUUUGUUCAAGUAUUUAAAAUAAUACUAGAAUUCUGAAAAUUCUAAUUUUAGUAUUAAACGCACAUUUCCUUUUAUUAUACAGUAGUAGUAAAGGGUGUCCACUUUUGAGGACAAACAGCCCCCUCUUGUGGAUAACUGACAGAAUUCAAUUGGGGUGGGGUAUUCAAUAGUUUUAGUUUAGUGGUACACUUACCUUGUUUACUGCGAGGGAAUUUCUUUUAUGCAUGAAACUGUACAUAGCCUUUCACUUUUGAUUGGUUUUUAGAUGUAAAAUAAUUUUAAGUAUAAAUACUCUAUAGUAAUAAAACUUGUAAAUAUUUUAAGGCUACAUUUACAUAUUGCAAUAUAAAUAAGACUAGAAAUAUAGUCUUUGUGAAAGGUGCAUUAGACAUUGAGAGGUCUGAAAGGAAGAGGAGUGGAUUAAUGCGCACAACUGUUUAGUGUAGAUGCAUUACUGUACGUGUGUACUUCAGAAUUGUAUAGAAUAGAUUAUCAUCACCAGUGCCUUUUUCAUUGUACUCUGUUAUCUAAUCAUUUGCACAAGUGGUUGGCCAUAAUUGCCUUUAUGGCAAAAUGUGUGUCUCCAGUGCAAGUCUCUUGUAGUCGCUGUUCUCAUCCAUUAAUCUCAUGAUCAUAAUUGUUCAUUCGGUUGAUCUUUAAAGUGUAUUUAGUGUCAGUGAUUUUAAAAAUGAUAACUGAGAAACUGUUUAAUCGUUAUGUAAGAAUGUCUUGUAAAAUGUAUUUGGGAGCACCUGGAUGUGUUUUUCCAUAAAGAUAUGGGCAUGAGACCAGGCACAAUGUAGAAAUGGGAUCUACAGUAAGACCAAUUGAUUGUUAUAGGCUAGUUUAAUCCUGGUCAUUCCGUUUUCCUUUAAACGUGCUGUAAAUGGCAAUAUUAAUGGAGCUUUUAAAAUCAGAUGCUAAGAUUGUUUGAAAUGUCCAGUACAUUGAAAUAUUAUAUAUCUGUAAAUUAAUUGUGCAUUUACAUCAUGGGGAGUUUGAGGUUUUUGGAUUGCUGAUAAUAUUUAGAAGAUGGUUGAAAAGUAACGUCAAUAUUCAGUUAUUUCAGAGAGUGCAGAAACAGCUGAAGUUCCGCAUUCAGCUUUAUAAUUGCAAAGAGGCGCUGGUCUCUUUGUGAUGGCUGAAUAACAAUGUUCUUGUAUAAAUUGUCCCUAAAGUGGCCUCUCGCUUGAAUGGGCCACCUGGUUUUCUCCCUAUUGGGUUCAUGGUUGAAAUUCAGAGUGAUACUAACUAGACUGCAAAGCUGGGUUUGUACUGUACAAACAUUAAGUUACACGGAGACUGGGAUCCAUUCCCUACAGCUGCCCAAGUCUUUAGCUGCUCUCAGAGUAGUGAACAUUCUUUCACAUCAGGAGGCCCUGGAUUAAUGUUUUCUCAUUGAAGCAGAUUUCGAAGAGCGUAUGAAGACACCUUUUGUUGUUUGAAUUUAAAUUAUGCAGUGGAUGAAUUAUAGUUUGAGGUUUUGGGACAUUCUGAUUCUUUGCUGUAGUGGGUUGGCAUUUGUUAUUUGCAUUAUAAUAAAUUAGUUUGAGGCCUUCCAUUUUAUAAGGGAAAAUAAUAAUCAGUUUAACACUAAAGCUAGAUUUGUUUUAAAGACAGCCUCAGCCUUCACUUAUCUCAAGUCAUUUUCAUAAAUGUCACUUAUGCUGCCUUUAAUACAUUUUAUGAUGCAAAUGUA